AUAAGAAAUAAAACAAUCAUAAUAUAUUUGUCUUUUUUUUUUGGUCAGAUGAACAAAGCAUGAUAUUAUUAAUUCAAUUUCAUAGUUAGAAAUUGAAGUUGAAUUUGGUAUUUUCAAUGGAUUACGUUGAUCGGUUGUAUCAGUGCUUCAAGUGCGGCAUUUCUACUCCUGAAUCUGCUGUUGGAGAGAGAAAGGCAAGUAAAAGAAAGUUGAGGCAUGGGGUUUCUAAUUCUACACGCCCAUCUAUUCUUUCUCCAGAAUCACAAUCUCAAAAACCCAAGAAACGAUCCAAAAUACAAUCUUCCAUUGACAAAUGUGGUUCGGCGACAAGCGAGGAGAAGCAGAUUUCACCUGUCGUAUUCUAUGGUUCACCGCAUGGUGUACCUCCAAAACGACCGUCGCGGUUGUUGUUGCGAUUGUUGAAUGAAAUUCGCGUGGAUCUUUUUGAACAUAGUAAAUCGAGCUCAAGAGAAAUAUGGUCUACAUUUCCGAGGCAGGAGGAAGCGAUGAAGUUUGCCAAGGGGCAUGACCAUGCUCGUCUUUUCAGUUACCAAGAUCAUUUUAAUGGGCAAAGAAGGUUCCUUGUUUCAACUUACAUGGAAUUCUGGAAAAGAUACAAGAAUAUGGACUCGAAGUUUCGCCACCAUUAUGAAGUGAUUCAGGAGGGUCUACCAUGCCAUCUUUACUUUGACUUGGAGUUCAGUAGGAGAGAGAAUGCAGAAAAAGAUGGAGACGAAAUGGUUGAUCUUCUGAUAUCGGUUAUUUUGGAAGCCUUGCGUGAUAAAUUCUCAAUUCAAGGAAGUAGAGAAUGGAUAGUAGAGCUUGAUUCUUCUACUGAUGGGAAGUUCUCUCGGCAUUUAAUCAUUCGCAUACCAAAGACUGCUUUUAAAGACAACUCACAUGCAGGUGCAUUUGUCAAUGAGAUAUGCUCACGGAUUAUCAACGGAAAGGAAAAUGAUGGACAACUUGAAAAAUUGUUUAUCAAGAAAGAGUCAAAUUCUACCGACUCUCCUUGUCAACUGUUUGUGGACACUGCAGUCUAUUCCAGAAAUCGUUGUUUCCGUCUAGCUCUAUCAUCAAAGGCUGGGAAGAGUUCUGUGCUUUUACCCACAGGACGUUGCAGAGCUAAGAACAUGAGUGAUGAGGAGAUGUUCAUGGAUUCCUUGAUCUGCAAUAUGGAUGCUGAUUGUGAGAAGCUUUUAGUCUGCAAAAUGGAUCUUCUCUGUACAAAGAUCCUUCAAUUCAAUACAGAGGUCAAUCGUAGUUAUGAACAACGUUACAGUUGCCCUCAAGAACUCGCAUUGAAUGGUUGUGGAAUUAACUCUUCAGCAACAUACUUAAUGGGAAAAUCUCCGCUCCCUGCUUUGGACACAUUUAUAGAAUCUAUUGCCAGUACUGGAAAUGUACCAGGCAAAAUACGUUCUUGGUACUUGUUUUCAGACUACGGGCUGAUGGUCUACAGCAUGUCAAGAAACAGAUACUGUGAGAGAAUUGGUAGAGAGCACAAAAGCAAUCAUGUGAUAUACGUUGUCGACCUGAGACGAGCUGAUUAUUAUCAAAAAUGUCAUGAUCCCGAUUGCAGAGGUUAUCGUUCACCCUUGCGUCCAGUUCCACUGGAUAUUAUACCUGAUACUUUGGACCAGAAAGGAUCUGAAGUUUAUGAACUAGGACAGCAGAAUGAUAAAAGCAUGGCCCACAAUUCCAUUUCCACCCCAGAUUCAUGGUGGCUUGAAGCCAUGAGACUAGCAGAUAAUGUUGAAAAAAGGCAGGCUCUAUCAGACCUGAGUAUGAUGGAAAACAUCAAUGACGAUGACGAUGAAGAUUUCGACAACUGGUGGAAUUCUGUGGAAAGCACUGAACUUUCUCACUUACUAGUUUAAUUUUUACCCGAGCUUUGGCUCGAUGACACUCGCUCAGUGCCUAGAUAGAACAGAGUGUUAGGAAACUAGGAAAUAGUACAAUUCUAGUUCAGCAUUCUCUUUUAUUGAAAACCAGAGUAGUAAGUUCUUUGCCACUCUUGUGACUGAAAUUGGGGAAUUAAAAUCUUCUCAUGUAAAGCUACAACUCGUGCUUAUUAUGCCAGUUUGUUGUGUGUGAUUAAGGCCAUAACUGUUGUAUUGGCAACAGAGGAAUGUAAAUAAUAAAUAUCCAUAAAAUUUAAUUUAAUUGGUUCUGUUGUUACCAAA